AUGAUCGCCACCACAAAUAUCCGCACCGAGGCUCUGGUGGUCCAUAAACCAGGCGACGAUUUUGUCAUGCGACCCGUCAUUCUUGACGAGGUCCGCUCGGAUGAGGUCCUCGUGGAAAUGAAGUACUCGGGCAUCUGCCAUACGGAUGUUCUGUUCCAGACGGGCAAGAUUCCCGGCCCCAAGUACCCAGCCAUCUUUGGCCACGAGGGCGCCGGCAUCAUCAGAGCGCUUGGCAGCAACGUCCAGGACAAGUCUCUUCGGGUCGGAGACAACGUCCUUUUGUCCUUCAACGUCUGCGGCAAGUGCAAGCAGUGUCUCGCUGACAGGCCGUCCUGCUGCCACGUCCACUCCCCCGUGAACGCAGGCUCGGUUCGAGUGUCGGACGGAACGACGCCGGCAAGAUUUGAGGACGGCGCUCCCGUGAGCAGCCAGUGUUUCGGCCAGUCUUCCUUCUCACGCAUGUCAGUCGUCGCCGAGAGAUGCGUCGUCAAGUGCCCUUAUCCCGAGUCGCUGUCCUGCUACGCCCCUCUGGGCUGCGGGUUCCAAACGGGCGCUGGCACCCUGCUCAACGUGCUGAAGCCCGACAGGACCAAGUCUGUUGUCAUCUUUGGUGUUGGCAGUGUUGGAAUCGCUGCCUUGAUGGCCGCCGCCUACCUCCAAGUGCGGCAACUCGUGGCCGUCGACGUGGUUGACGAAAAGCUGGCGUUUGCGAGGGAAUUCGGCGCCACAGAUGUGGUCAAUCCCGCGGAACACGCGGAUGAGGGGAUCGAAGCCACCAUCAAGCGAAUCACAGACGGCGGUGCCGACUAUGCGAUUGAUUGCACGGGGCGAAUCCCCGUCAUCGAAUCGCUGUUUGGAUGCCUGGCCCCAGGCGGGACCGCAACAACCGUCGGAGUGCCACCCCCAAACAGCGUCAUCAGAAUUGAGCCGCAGACUUUUCUGAUGGAGAACAAGAGAUAUAUCGGUGUGCUCGAAGGGGGUUCUCACCCCCAAAAGGUCAGUUGCUGCCAUGGUGACUCUGUGGUUUGCACUCUGACGGGCUCAUUGUGGGCGUAG